GCGGGGUCCGGAAGCCGAGGACGCCCUGAUCUGUGGGUUCGGCUGGACACCGGCACCGGCUCCAGUUUUCCAAAACUCGGAUCGACAGACGGAAUUCUUUGGCCCGAUACCAACCAUGGAAGAUCAAGGGGAAGAAUGUUUCAUGCAGAGGAAGCAGAUUGUAUUUUUUGUCAGUAAGUAAUCCAUAAAGUGCCAACAUGGGAAAGAAACGGACAAAGGGAAAAACUGUUCCAAUUGAUGAUUCCUCUGAAUCCCCAGAGCCUAUGUGCAGACACAUUAGAAAAGGACUGGAACAAAGUAAUCUGAAAAGGGCGCUAGUGGAUGUAGAGUGGAAUAUUUGCCAAGACUGUAAGAUGGACAAUAAACUAAAAGACAAAUCUGAAGAAGAAAUGGAAGAAAACCCUUCAGUUUGGCUGUGUCUUAAAUGUGGCCAUCAGGGCUGUGGCAGAGAUUCAAAGGAGCAGCAUGCCUUGAAGCACUAUAUGACACCAAGAUCUGAACCUCACUGUUUGGUUCUUAAUUUGGAUAACUGGAGUGUAUGGUGUUAUAUUUGUGAUGAUGAAGUCCAGUAUUGCAGUUCAAACCGACUGGGCCAAGCAGUUGAUUAUGUUAGGAAACAAUCUGGUAUUCCAGCUCCAAAACCAGCAGAGAAAGAUAAUGGGAGCAUUGAACUUGAGAAUAAAAAAUUAGAAAAGGAGAGUAAAAAUGAACAAGAGAGAGAAAAAAAGGAAAACAUGCCUAAAGAAAAUCUGCCCAUGAAUUCUACUUCCCAAAUAACCGUGAAAGGACUCAGUAACUUGGGAAAUACAUGUUUCUUCAAUGCUGUUAUGCAGAAUUUAUCACAAACACCAGUGCUUAGAGAACUACUAAAAGAAGUAAAAAUGUCUGGAACGAUUGUUAAAAUUGAACCACCUGAUUUGGCACUAACAGAACCUUUAGAAAUAAACCUUGAACCUCCAGGCCCUCUUACUUUAGCCAUGAGCCAGUUUCUUAAUGAGAUGCAAGAGACCAAAAAGGGAAUUGUGACACCUAAAGAACUCUUUUCUCAGGUCUGUAAAAAAGCAGUGCGAUUUAAAGGCUAUCAGCAGCAAGACAGCCAGGAGCUGCUUCGCUAUUUAUUGGAUGGGAUGAGAGCAGAAGAGCACCAAAGAGUGAGUAAAGGAAUUCUUAAAGCAUUUGGUAAUUCUACUGAAAAAUUGGAUGAAGAACUAAAAAAUAAAGUUAAAGAUUAUGAAAAGAAAAAAUCGAUACCAAGUUUUGUGGAUCGCAUCUUUGGUGGUGAACUAACUAGUACAAUCAUGUGUGAUGAAUGCAGAACUGUCUCCUUGGUUCAUGAAUCGUUCCUUGAUUUGUCUCUCCCAGUUUUAGAUGAUCAGAGUGGUAAGAAAAGUAUAAAUGAUAAAAAUCUAAAGAAGACAAUGGAAGAUGAAGAUAAAGACAGUGAGGAAGAAAAAGAUAAUGACAGUUACGUAAAAGAGAGAAACGACAUUCCUUCAGGAACAAGUAAACACUUACAGAAAAAAGCAAAGAAGCAAGCCAAAAAGCAAGCCAAAAACCAACGAAGGCAACAAAAAAUUCAAGGGAAGGUUCUUCAUUUAAAUGAUAUCUGUACCAUUGACCAUUCUGAAGAUAAUGAAUGUGAGGCUGAAAUAUCACUUCAGGGAGAAGUAGAUAUUAAAUCCAACCAUAUUUCACAAGAGGAAGUUACACCUGAAGAAUAUGAUGUUAAUCAGAAAGAUUUGAAUGGCCAAGAAAAAAUAAUAGAAAGUGUAACUGACAAUCAAAACUCCAUGGAAGAAGUAGAUGUGAAAAAUGUCAACAUGGAUAAUGAUCUGGAGGUUUUGGCAUCUUCUCCCACUGAAUGUAGUGGGAAUUUAAAUGGUGCCUACCUACAGGAGGAAAGCAAUGAAGAAGUAGACAUUUCCAAUGGUUUCAAAAACCUUAACCUGAAUGUUACUCUUGAACCUGAUGAAAUCAAUAUAGAGAUUCUGAAUGACAGCUAUACCCCUGAGACAAAGGUAUAUGAGGUUGUAAAUGAAGAUCCAGAAACUGCUUUCUGUACUCUUGCAAACAGGGAAGCUUUCAACACUGAUGAGUGUUCAAUCCAACAUUGUUUGUAUCAGUUCACCCGCAAUGAGAAAUUACGAGAUGCAAAUAAACUGCUUUGUGAAGUAUGCACACGGAGACAGUAUAAUGGACCAAAGGAAAAUACAAAAGGUGAAAGGAAGCAUGUUUACACCAAUGCUAAAAAGCAGAUGUUAAUCUCUCUUGCUCCUCCUGUUCUCACUCUUCAUUUAAAGAGAUUUCAGCAGGCUGGUUUUAACCUACGCAAAGUUAACAAACACAUAAAGUUUCCAGAAAUCUUAGAUUUGGCUCCUUUUUGUACCCUUAAAUGUAAGAAUGUUGCUGAAGAAAAUACAAGGGUACUGUAUUCCUUAUAUGGAGUUGUUGAACACAGUGGUACUAUGAGGUCAGGACAUUAUACUGCCUAUGCCAAGGCAAGAACUGCCAGUAGUCAUCUCUCUAAUCUUGUUCUUCAUGGUGAUAUUCCACAAGGUUUGGAAAUGCAAUCAACCAAAGGGCAGUGGUUUCACAUCAGUGAUACACAUGUGCAAGCUGUGCCUACAACUAAAGUCCUAAAGUCACAAGCGUACCUCCUAUUUUAUGAAAGAAUACUAUAACAAUAUAAAAAGCACUUUCUCUGGAAACACAUUUUUGGCUUUUAUAAUGGCUGUAAUAACAACAAUAAAAAAGUAAAGACUAUUUAAAUCAUGUUUACUUAACAUUAAAUACAUGCCAGAAGAAAUCAUGUUUAAAUAUUGAAGGGAAAAAUAACUAUAAAGAUUUACAAUGGUUUUGUAUCGUCACAGUGGUUUUUAUUCCUGCUUCCAUUUUCUGGAAAGGAAAUUCUGAAUUACUUAAAUCCUCUAUGCUUACUAUGGGUGGUGGGUUGCAAUGCAUCAAUAAACUGACUUAACUCCAAAACUUGUUUUAUUACUUAGAAGAUUUUAAGUUGUACUGACUUUAAUGGCUUGAUAUACAGUGAACUCUUGCUGCAGCAAAAAUGAGAUGCAUAUCAUUCCUAGUACUGUUGAACUGUUGAGUUUAUGUAAGACCCAGUCAGCCAUAUUCUAAAAUUCCUUUGAAAGAAUACCAAAAACAGUUUCAAACAGUAUUAUUCAGGGACCUAUAUGAUCAACAAAUACAGUGCCUGUGUCCUAUUAAAUCAGUAUAAUGCAAUGUUCUUUGUUUUUCCAAUACUGACUUAUUGAUCAUAACUGGAUCUACUUAAC